CAUGCUAUAUGGCCCGCCCGUGUCUUCAUCCUAGUUCCUAUCGCCUCCAACACCAGAAGCUUCGCUUCACUCUGCCCUCCGCCGCCGCCGCAGCUGCCGCAGGCGGGAACUUGGCGGUGAUACUACGCGCGACUGCUCUCUUCUCGUUCCGUUCAGGUUUUGUUCACAAUGGCCCGUGUGUAUGUUGGCAACUUGGAUGCACGUGUGACUUCUGGGGAACUCGAAGAUGAGUUCCGUGUGUUUGGAGUUCUGCGAAGUGUUUGGGUCGCACGUAAACCACCUGGCUUUGCAUUUAUUGAUUUUGAUGACAGGAGGGAUGCAGAGGAUGCUAUUCGUGAUCUAGAUGGUAAGAAUGGAUGGAGAGUUGAACUAUCUCGUAAUUCCAGUGGCCGUGGUGGUCGUGAUCGGUAUGGUGGAUCUGAGUCGAAGUGCUAUGAGUGUGGUGAGACUGGGCACUUUGCACGUGAAUGUCGUCUGCGCAUUGGUUCUGGAGGUCUAGGCAGUGGAAGACGUCGCAGCAGGAGCAGGAGCCGCAGCCGCAGCCCUAGAUACCGCAGGAGUCCAAGCUAUAGUAGAAGGAGCUAUAGCCCUCGUUAUCGCUCUCCAAGGCGCCGUAGUCCUUCUCCAGCUCGUGGCCGCAGCUAUAGCAGGUCGCCAUAGUACAACUGCAACAAAUAUGUGUCUCCCUUGCCAAUGGAGGUAAUGAUGGCAGGUACUGGUGUAGCAGGAGCUAGCCUGAAGACCGUACCUGAUUCUUCUGUGUGAGAACUUGGUCCUUGGUUUGGCUGUCAGGAACAAAUUUGGAACUGUCGUCAACUGCUUGACUUCAGUUCAGGUCUAAAACCUUAUCUAGCUUAAUUGUGAUUGUCUUGAUUAUGCCAUUAAAGAACUUUUAAGAUUUGGAUGUAUUAUGCCACUAAGACAUAUUACCUUUCUUCUCUGUGUUAAAAAGGCAUGUUCUGCUUAAACGACUCGGCCAACUACGGCUCUCAGUUGUAGUCUUCAUGGUUUUGUUGCUCCCUUCUUGGCACGUCCUUGCCUGCAAACGAAUGUCAACCUUCCAUUACUAUCUGCCUUCGAUGUUUCAUCAUGAAAUUCUUCAAUGAAGAUGCUACUUCGUCACAAAUUAGUAAUAUCCUUUCCCCCCAUAUAGUUAAUAAGGUUUGAGUGUACUGAACACUAACAAAUGCAGCUCGUGAAAGUAAGGCCCUUGAUUUUCGUCAUAGAACAUGAGCAGCUACUUCAAUUGCGGCACUCACGUGAAAAAAAAAUCCACUCUGCAUGCUGGGGAUUCGGGGCGAAUGAAGUGUGUGGGGCUCAGCUGCACCUAGUUGGGCAUCCAAGGAACUUAGGCUGACUUCAGCAAGAGAUGCACCUUCGACUAAACUUGUUGGAUUUAUUUCUUGUGGUUUUGAUUCUUCACUUCUGUUUGUUGUGUUCUGCCUUCACUGCACCAGUGGUUGAAUAUGCUUCUGUCUGUGGUAAGUUAUUCUUGGUAAUGGCUCUUUUUCUCCUGAUCAGUGUAUGUUGGACUUUCUGAUAGAGUUAGCGUCAAUUGUAGUAUAAAUAUGUUUCCUCUGGAAGAUAAUUGUAAUAAUUCUAUGUGGAUAGUCAGAGAACAUACACAGAUUUGAGGUCUAA